GUUGGAGAACAGGACAAGCCAGCUCUACUUGCUCUCCAAGCCAAAACUCUCGAGUCCGAGUCUCUUCUUUUUGACUCCUCUCUUGGGAACUUCAGAUAUGGCGGAAAACUCCUAAAAAUUUUGUUCUUAAUAGACACGCACAUAUAUUGCAGGGUGUGAUAUCUCAUUAAUAAAUAGUACUUUUAUUUUCGGGUGUUUCGAGGUCAAAUCAAUGGCUUCUUCGACCUCUGGUACUGAACCAACCAAUGGCAAUUCGAGCUCAAGCGAAUCAGUGAAGUCUCAGAUUAAUCCUAUUAGAAUGCCAACAAUGGAGGAAGUUCGUGCACAAGAAGUUUGGGAUAAUUGCGCUGUACGCAGUGUCGUUAGUGGAGUCAUGGGAGGUGGAUUUGGAUUUUGCAUGGGUUUGUUACUGGGCUCCUUGGAAAAUCCUAUAAUGGAGGAUCAAAUGGCUGGCAAACAAAAAUUCAUUUAUCAGGCCAAGCAAAUGGGGCAAAGAAGCUGGCGUUCAGCAAAAACUUUUGCAGUCAUGGGAUUGAUUUUCUCUGCUGUUGAGUGUGUCGUUGAAAAGGCACGGGCAAAACAUGACAUGACAAAUACAGUUGUUGCUGGUUGUGCAACUGGAGGAGCAAUGUCGGCAAGAGGUGGUCCAAAAGCAGCAUGUGUUGGUUGCGCUGGUUUUGCAGCAUUCUCAGUUUUUAUAGAGAAGGUUUUUGAUACACAUAGUUGAUGAUGCAAUACUAAUCCAGCUUCAGUUUUUAACUCAUAGAUUUCAGAAGAGGUUUCUAUCAUUAUUUUUUGCUUUUUUACUUGAAUUAAAUUCAAUCAUAACUA